UAGCGGCGUGGACAGGGUUAAUUCUGCGAGGAAUGUGAUUGACACGCGGCGCUUUCGCCUCGCUCGCGCAUCAAGCAUGCGUAGUUCUGAGCUGAGGGGACUUCAGAAAUCUCUCGAGCAGAGAAGCAGUCGGCGAGGCAGGGGUGAGUGAGCGACUGUUGCUGGCAUGCUGUUUCUGAAGCACGCUCUCGGGCCGGCACGGCGCUGCCUCUACAGGACACAGAGGCUGCUGGUGCGGACCCCGCUGUUUUACCCACAGGUCUGUGCGGACAAAGGCUGCGUGCGCUGGCAGAGUGGCGAGGGCGGCAGAGACUGGAAUCCAAGAUGGCAGCACAUGGUGGCAGGGCUGGCAGCAGGGACUGGCAUGGUGCUGGCAUUCGGGCUGUACCACAGACAGGAGGAGCAAGCAGCCUCAGAGGAGCAGUUAGCCGACUCCGCAGGCAGAGGAGGGGAGGCUGUCUUCCCAGAAACAGCGGCUCCAGUGGGGGCGUACCCUAUCUUCACCCGGGAAGAGGUCACCAAACACAGGACGCUGCAGGACGGGGUGUGGGUGACCUUCGGGGACAGCGUUUAUGACAUCACAGACUUUGUAGGGCUGCACCCCGGGGGCAGUAAGAUCAUGCUAGCAGCAGGGGGUGCCCUUGAGCCCUUCUGGGCGAUGUACGCUGUCCACAACCAACAGCAUGUGCUGGAGCUCCUAGGAGAGUACAAAGUGGGGGAGCUGAGCUCAGAAGACAAGAAGAAAGGAUCAGGGGCAAUUUCAGACCCGUACGCCAGCGACCCUCCAAGACACCUGGCUCUCAAAAUCAACAGCCUGAAGCCUUUCAACGCAGAGCCGCCCUCGGAAAUCCUGUCGGAGAACUUCCUCACGCCAAACGCCUUCUUCUUCAAGAGGAACCAUCUCCCCGUCCCGGAGGUGGACCUGGAGAGAUAUCGGCUAGAGAUUUCCGGGGAAGGCUUGCCGAAGGCUGUAUCCCUAACCCUGGAAGAUCUCAAGACCAAGUUCCCCAAGCACACUGUGACGGCCACUCUGCAGUGCGCAGGGAACAGGCGGUCAGAGAUGAACAAGAUCAAGCAGGUGAAGGGGCUGGACUGGGGCAUCGCGGCGAUCAGCAAUGCCCAGUGGGGAGGGGUGCGGCUGCGCGAGGUCCUGGAGCACGCUGGAUACCGCCACGGGGGUGCCACCCAACACGUGCAGUUCGAAGGUCUGGACAAGGAUGUCUCCGGGACUCCUUACGGGGCCUCCAUCCCGCUCCGCAAGGCCCUCAGCGACGAUGGGGACGUGCUGCUGGCUUACGAGAUGAACGGGGAAGAGCUGCCCCGGGAUCAUGGUUUUCCGCUCAGGGCGGUGGUGCCAGGGACAGUGGGAGCCAGGAACGUGAAAUGGCUCGGCAAAAUCAUCGUGAGCGCCGAAGAGAGCAAGAGCCACUGGCAGCAGAACGAUUACAAAGGCUUCUCCCCCUCCGUGGACUGGGACACGGUGGACUUCAAGUCAGCCCCGGCCAUCCAGGAACUCCCGAUCCAGUCUGCGAUCACAGAGCCGCGAGAAGGGGCGCUGCUGGAGAGGAGCGGUGAGCAGGUGACCGUCAGAGGGUACGCCUGGAGCGGGGGCGGCAGGGAAGUGGUCAGGGUGGACGUUUCUCUUGACGGGGGCAAAACGUGGCAAGUGGCCACACUGCGGAGCGGGGAGGACGCUCCGCCUCUGGGCCAGGCUUGGGCCUGGAAGCUGUGGGAGUUGAGCGCCCCCUUUCCCCCGGAGGGUGAACAGCUGGAUAUUGUGUGCAAGGCCGUGGACAACAGUUACAACAUGCAGCCGGACUCUGUCGCCCCCAUCUGGAACCUGAGGGGAGUGCUGAGCAAUGCCUGGCACCGGGUGAGGGUGUCUGUGAAGAAAGACUAGACAAAGAUAGGGAACUCGGCAGGGAGACUUAUUACCAAUUAAUGAGGUUGAAUGGGGUUUAGUGCAGGGCUGCCCAGUUCUGGUCCCUAUAACUUCAGAACUCCCCUCCUGUCAGCCUGUAUUGCUCAGCUGAAGGUCAGUAGAAUUGACUGAUAACUGACUGUACUGAUCAAACUCUUGGUCAAUUUAACACUUGGUCUAUAUAAGUGACUUAAAACAAACUGCCCAGACCCAGUCAAUAUAAUUGUACAAAUGAUAUUGUUAGACUGAUAUUACUUAAACUGACUGUUUAGUAUUGAGCAGAUGUAUUCUCGCAUCCUUCACAGUACCACUCUAUAGCUGUUGUAUAGACUGGAAGCUGACAGUAUUCCCAAACUGUUGCUGUUAGCCUGCAUUGGUAGCGACCCUUUAACUUACUAGUCUAAUUACUUGACUAUAGACUGUCUGUAUUGCUAGUCUGAUAGGAUAGCCUGUACUACCAAACCAACCAUGUUUCCCAGACUAUUAUAUAUAGAUAACAGACCCAAGAGCAUGGAGCAGCAGCUCCUUUUAUCUUGAUAUUAACGAAGGUUCAUAUGAAGCACUUCGGACAUGCAGGCUGUGAAAAGGGAGGGGGGUUAAGGGUAGUUCUGGAACGAAGACUCAGGGAAUACCCCAGGUGCCGUCCUCCCAAGCAGUUUGGCCAUCCACUGAGUUCCAUAGAGCACCAGUCCAGAUGAAAACCAAUCAAAUAAAGAGAAUGGCUUUUUAGUCUGUAUGAUUUGUAUUGUUAAUUUUUGUAAUUGGGGAUGUGGGUCAGAUUUACAUUGUAGAAGUUCUCUGUCUCUCUCUCUCUCGUGCACAUUGAUGUAUUAUCAAUCCCUAAAGCAAAGAUUGUACCCAAACGACUGUUAAUCAUUGAAUCUAAAACUGUACUGUAUGUUCAUGCUCAAAAAGGAGAGAAUGGGCUUUUGACUGUGGCUUUGAUUCGAUUAAAAACAUGUUUUGGUGCCCCCUUGUGGAGAAGCAUUACGUUCCUUCUGGAAUCAUGACAUUUGUAUCAAAGCGACAGGACAGGACUGCAGCUGCACUAAUUAUAAAUAAAUAAAUAAAUAAGAUUUCCAUGCAUUCUCUCAUUAAAUCAUCAUUAAGAAAUGGUCCAGUGUCUCCAUUUAAACACACACCAUGUUAAACCAUUGUCACCCUACACCUUAUUCACUGCAGUGUAGUCGUGCUUGCGUUUGUUUUGUCCAGCCCCUGUAUUUUCAAUGCAUCCAUCCACUGUGGGUAGCAAAGCUGUCUCAACUCUAACUAUAUAUUUACACAUUAUUAUUACAGAGUGGUUGUAAAGUCAGACUAAGCAGCAGCAGUGGAAGUGCUCCAAAACUUUCCAUUGAAAUUUGAAUUUAGUGACUAACAAAAAUGUAAUAUUUACUCUGGGUGUUGUUUUCACCUUUUAAUGGAGCUGCCCACUAUGUAGGUCAUUUUUCCUACUUUUCAUCAUUAUUGUCAAACUAAGUGUAGCUUACAAAAAAUAGUUCCAUAAAAUGUCUCUGCCAAGCACAUCUAUUUAUUAUAUAAUGUGCAGUUUUGAAAGAAUGACAUGUUCUAGCAGACUUCAUUUCAGAACAGGAUCUCGGGGGGCUGCACUGGGUUAAAGAAAACGGUGUUUGGAAGCCGUGCUUUGGACUGUCUUGUACGGGUCAUUUCACCUGGAGAGUGACAUUUUCACUGGCUUCUCUCCCAUCAACAACCAAUCAGAUGAAAUGACCAGAGGGUACAAGUGCAGAUAGCUCCAGAACGGGGGGAAUUGUUUGAAGAUACAAAGUAGGAAACCUUAAAAUGAACAAAACUGCACAAGUGGACCCACAUAGGAUUGGAAAUGCUGUUAGAAAUAAGAGUGUGGCAAUAGACAAGUUCAUUCCUGUAGCCCUGUGGGGUUCCACCUACACACUGUCAAAGCGCUGUGACUCAUACCAGCUUUUAGAACUGGUUUUAUAAUCAGCCUUGUAUAUGGAUCGAUUUAUUUGUAGUAGUUAUAAAUGUGUUAUUGAAAAUGAAUGAAAUGCAAUUGCAACACUGAAUUGUAAUCCCCUUUCUGUUCUAAACAGAGGUGGGGAGUUUCUUUAAUGAUUGAAACUUGUCUCUUGUUAAAGUAUCCAGCUGGGUCUGGCUCCACUUUACAAUAUGCAGUAUGCAGAUAAGUGAACUAAGAAUCCAAAUAUUGAAUCACAGGGAUAAGGCUGCAGAAUAAUGAAUGUACCAGGAAUGUUGACUUUGUGAUUAUUUUUUCUGUCAAUAAAGAUCAUUUUGCCUCUAA